UAUUUAUAAAUCUUCCCGACAUCAACAACAUUAUCGUUUGGUGAGGCUGGCCGCAAGGUUACACAGUCUUCCCUGUGAACGCGAGUGUUUUUUCCUUCUGAGACGCUGAACAGCGUCCACCGAUUAGUUUUGUUUAUUAUUACUCUCCAUCAGUGUUGGUACGCCCGUGUGCGUGACUGUGUUCGUCGUGGCGCAGUAGCUAAUUGAAUUCUGCUGACCGCGAGUGGGGGGUACAAAUUGUGCAGUGCUGACAAAAAAAAACAGAACAACUUCCAGCAACAACGGGGUAGCAGCGAUAAAGCAAAACACGUACGAAUGCAAUAAUACAUAUUAAUCAGUGCAGCGAUCCACAACACAUUUCGUUCAGCAAAAAAAAUCUGUGUGUUUGGAGUGGAGCAAAAUGCGUUCCAUUCCGCAGCUACUGUUGCUGCUAUCGACGGCUCUGGUUCUCCUGACGGUGACGGUCCGUUCCGAGGAGCAACCCAACCCCGUCACCGAAGCUGAUGUGACCACCACGAACACCAAUGGCCAGACGGAUGAAGCGGAGGAGGAAGUGCAGAACCGUUUGACAACCGGGCUACGCUUGGAGCAUGAGCUAGUGAAGGAACAGGCCGAUGCACCGUCGACGGUCAACGGAAGCAGCGAGGGUGGCAUCGUGGCCAUACACGUCGAUGCAGUUGGCGGAAAGGAGCAGCUGCGUCCGACAUUGCGCGGGCUAACGUACCUUGCCACGACGUUCUUGCCGCGCGACUAUAAAUUCGUGGAAAUCCUUUCGGCCACACGUGAGGUGGUGGCCGGUGUGCGGUACGAGCUGACCGCUAGUGCCGAAGAUGAAAGCACCGGGGAGAAGCAUAUUUGUCAGCUGGUGAUCCUCGAGAAGCCUUGGAUCACGACGGAGUACGGCGAGAAAUAUCGUACACUGGAGUACACGAACUGUAGCAGCAGCUCAUCGUCUGCGCAACCCUCGACGGAUGAAACGGCAACUAGGCUCAAUCCCGUGUUUGACGCCAAUCUGCGUCAGAAUGAGGAACUUACCCCACAGCGGAUCGAAGAACUCGAGCAGCAGAUCAUUGUGGAUAAGGUGGAAAUGUUGGAAAUAACAUCCACACCCUCGACACCGCUUACCGACGACGGACAGGAAUCUUCAGUCACAGACGGCUCAAUCACUUCCUCCACAACCACCGAGCCUGAAGGUUUAAGCGAUGCUGCGAAAAGUGCUAUUGAUGAGCUGUUUAGCAUUGCCAGCGCUCCCCUCCAAAAUGCCAAUCGAAAUCCUCCUCCACAGCGAGAAGGUUUCGGAGCUAGAGAAGAAGUAGUCGAGGAAACGAUCGUACCUGUGCGAAUCGUAAAAGAUCGUGCUGAAGUACUGGAUACGAUGGCAACGCCGACCACCACUACUGCCCCGAUUGCACCAUUGGAUCAGCAAGUGCAGUCGACCUUCGACGAGGUGUUCAAAACGCAUCAGGAAAUACAGAAAGCGCUCGAUGAGGUGAUUGCAAACGGUGGUGGCCGCGACGUACAGCUCAAGUAUCGGCCAGUGUUUGAUUCGCUGCUGCAGAAAGUAAAAGCCAGCAUCGAUAGCUACUACCGCUCCACCAACGGUGGCGAUGCGAACGUCGAUACGGCCGCUUUUGUCGUGCGUGAUAACACGAACGUGGGACCGAGUGGUGUGCGAGGUAUGAUACCAACGCGCAGCGCAACGACCACCCCAAACGACGAGCAAUCCUCGCAAGAAAGCGACGAAGGACAGCAGAGGCAAAUGUUGCCGACCGUAAAUCUGAAACCUUUCAGGGUCAGUGUUGCAAAGGUGUUUGGAACCGUAUCGGAUGAAGAUAUGGACGAUCAGCAGGUUCUUACCAGAGAACAGCUGGCGAAGGAACUGAACGACGAGGAACGGCUGCAGCGCGUGAAGAAACAUUCGGUAUGGAAGCGGAACGUUCGUAGAAGCAAACGCGAGACUGUGGGUGGGCAAGUUAAGGCGGAACAAGAAGAAGAAGCAGUUGAAAGUACCACUGCAAAAGAGGUGGAAAAUGAAACGGUAACUACUGCUGGUGAUACAGAAGCUGAUGUACCGACCACUAUCGUACCUGUGGAGAGUCUUAAAUCCGAUGUUACGACUACGACUCCCGUACCCUCCGCCAUAUCCACAGCUGCUAAGGGAACCGUCGCUGCAGCUGGAACCAGUACAACGUCUUCCGCGUCGAAGGAAAGCGACGAAAUAAAUCCUGUGAAGACGGUUACUAAAACGAAGGCAUCCAGUGAAUCUUCGGAAGAUGAUGAUAAAGACGAGAAGCUCUCGAAGGAAGAGCUUGCCCGUCAGUUGAACGCGGACGAAGGACUACGGCGCGGCAAGCGAGACUUUUCCGGUGGUUUCUCUGGAGGUAGCUUUGGUGGGUAUUCUGGCGGUAGUUUCGGCGGCGGUUCUUACAGCGGUGGUGGCUACUAUGGAGGGGGUUACUACGGCGGUGGCUACUACGGCGGUGGUUACUACGGAGGAGGCUACUACAACCCUUACCGCAGACGGCACUACCGUCCGUCACCGUACUACUAUGGUCACUAUCGUGGCAAGCGCAGUGCAGCAGCGGAGGAUAUGCCGGUUAACGUUGACGAACAGGAAGAUGUUAAAAUGCCUCAACCAAGUGCAAAAUCUGACCUGCAGGCACCAAAGAUCGAGCGGGUAAUGAUGGCCUUCGGUGAUUCAAACGAAGAGGAUCAAGUGUUGACCAAGGAACAACUGGCCGAGCAGCUGAAUGCGGAUGAUGGACAUCGUCGGGAUAAGCGCGGAUAUUCGUCGUCGUUUUACUCGUCAAGCGAAAGCCACGGUUACGACCAUAGGGUGCGUCAGUAUGUAAAAUAUAAUGUACGCCCUUCCUAUGCCAAUUUCCGCUACAAUACACCAUACCGUGGAAAACGAGCUGCGGACACGCCCGAUAGCAAUCUAAUCGAUCUGGAUGACCCUGCACAAGAGGCAUCGAUGAAAGUGAUCGCCACUCAAGCGAUCCAACGUUUGGACGAGAUGGAUACGGAUCCUUAUCAGCGCAUGCUACUCGAAGUGCUUGACGCUCGGAAAGUGUCCCAACGAUCCGAUAAUAGUCGGGCAACGUACGUGCUAAGUGUGCUAACGGCCAACUCACGGUGUGCAGAAGAGGAGAGCAAAGUUCCGGAGUCUUGCCGCGAGCGUCUGAUAUCGGACACCACUAAACAAUGUACCCUUGAGGUACAUGUGCUGAAAGCGAAGGAGGAUGAUACUCCACAGGUACAAUUAACUAAAUCUAAAUGUCAAAAACAGUCUAAUAAUUUAGGUGACAGACUCGUCGGGGGAGCAACACCAGUGGACCUCUCCAAACCGGAACACCAGGAGCGCGUACGGCUAGGACUGGUCGGAUACGAGAGUGGAAAGCAUAGUAACUUCGAGAUACUGUUCGGCACGGUACAGGUCGUAGCGGGUACCAUCCACCGGUACAAGAUCGCCCUGAAAGAUGGCGACCAGCAGGUGUACAGCACGUGUGACGUGAAGGUGUUUACGCCGCUACCAUCCGCCACCAACGGCAACAAACCCGACUAUGAUUUCGAUUGUGCAGAGAGCAAGGACGAAGAAAGUAGCCGUCGCCGGCGCCGUGAUGUUGAGGCUACCCCGAAAAAAUUGAACAAAGUACGUAAAGCCGGCGGUGCACAGGAGCUUACACCAGAGGAGUACGCAAAGGAGGAGCAUCAAGCACGUGUUCGCACCGGGCUGCAACAGCAAUCGGCACUGGUCGAUGGCAGUGGCAAUGAGCGGAAAGUGAAGAUUGUUGGCGCAACCAUGCAGCUGGUGGCGGGUAAAUCGUACACCUACCGCUUAACCUUCCCGGACGAUGAAAUGAAGCGCGUCUGCAAGCUGACCGUGUGGGAGAAGCCCUGGCUGAAGGAGAAAGCGCCUCAAGAAGCUUUCAAGGCAUCGUUCGAAUGUCCGGACAGUGUGAAGCGAGCGAAGCGCGACUCUUACUGUCAAGGCUGUGCGUCACCGUUGCCGGCCGAGGAGUACGGUAACGCCGAGCACCAGCAGCGCAUCGAUAAGAUUCUGUCCUCUCACGGUCUUACGCGUGGAAACCAAUUGAAGGUCAUCAAUGCAACUAGCCAGGUCGCUGCCGGUAUGGUGUACGUGUACUACGUCCAGCACAACAGUGCCGUCUGCAAGUUAACAUCCUGGGAGCGUGUCUGGUUGGAAAAAUCGCACCCCAAAGAUGCUUACAAAUACACGUACGAGUGUGAGAAGGAGGCUAAAGCAGCAACGAAGCAGGCGGCUCGCACACGUCGCUCCAUAGUUGGUGGUUCCCGUACCCUGUCCCAGGACGAGCUGGCGGCCGCUGAGCACAUUGAGCGCGUCGAUAAGAUUUUGGUUUCGAACGGUGGAACGAAAGAAUCGUCUAAUGCCCGGAUUGUUAGCGGAACCGUACAAAUAGUAGCCGGCAAGCUGUACAAGUAUGCGGUCGAGUUUAGCGUGGACGGAGGCAGAAAACUGUGUAAGCUUUCGUCCUGGGAACGUCCAUGGCUUGAGGAGAAGGAUCCGGCGGAAGCGUACAAGUAUACCGUCACCUGUCCGGACACUGAACACGGCCGCCAGCGACGGCACGCAAAGAAAACUGGCAGCUCCAACGAGUUAACUGCCGACGAGCUGAAGGAUAAGUCACACAUCGAGCGCAUCCGAGCCGGCAUGGUUACGUACAACUCGGAACGCUCCAAAGCGUACAAUGAAUUUGAAAUUUUGGCCGGAUCGACGCAGCAGGUCGCUGGUUCACUGUACAAGUACACCUUCCGCGUAACGACCGAACCCGACACGGUGUGCAAAAUUUCCAUCUGGGAACGGGUGUGGCUGGAAUCGCAGGAUCAGCGUAAGUACAAUGUGAAAUGCACCGGAGAUGACGACACGGAACAGCAGCCGGACGUGAAAAGCUCCUCGCAGCAAGAAAUCACCCCUGUAGCCGCGUCGACAGUAUCAACGCCCGCCAAGAAGCGCCGUCGAUCGGUACGAUCGCUCAAGAUCGAUGAUGAUGAGCAUGUGCGCAAGCAGUUUGAAAAGUUCGUGCAUCAUCAUCGCCGGCGGUACGGUAGCUCGAUGGAGCACGAGAUGCGGUUCAACAUUUUCCGCAACAAUCUGUUCCGCAUCGACCAGCUGAACAAAUUUGAGCGCGGCACGGCAAAGUACGGUGUGACCAAGUUCGCCGAUAUGACACUGGCCGAGUAUCGGGCACACACGGGACUGGUCGUGCCGAACCGGGCGAACAGUAAUCAUAUCGGUAAUCGCGUUGCCACGCAGGAAGAUGUGGCCGAUGUGGGCGACGUACCGCGAUCGUUCGAUUGGCGCGAUCUUGGCGCUGUGACGGGGGUUAAGAAUCAGGGCAGCUGCGGAUCGUGCUGGGCAUUCAGUGCCAUCGGCAACAUUGAAGGGCUGCAUCAGAUUAAAACGAAGAAGCUCGAGUCGUACUCGGAACAGGAGCUGAUCGAUUGUGACAAGGUGGACAAUGGAUGCGGUGGCGGUUACAUGGAUGAUGCUUUCAAAGCCAUCGAACAGCUGGGCGGUUUGGAGCUGGAAACCGACUACCCGUACGAGGCGAAGGCUCAAAAGACGUGCCAUUUCAACAAAACGCUCAGCCACGUGCAGGUUAAGGGUGCGGUGGAUAUGCCCAAGAACGAAACCUUCAUCGCGCAGUAUCUGGUGAAGAAUGGGCCGAUCGCGAUCGGGCUAAAUGCGAACGCGAUGCAGUUCUACCGCGGUGGCAUAUCGCACCCGUGGCAUCCACUGUGCAGCCACAAAUCGAUCGAUCACGGUGUGCUGAUCGUCGGCUACGGCGUAAAGGAGUAUCCAAUGUUCAACAAAACGCUACCGUACUGGAUCAUAAAGAACUCGUGGGGACCGUCGUGGGGCGAACAGGGCUACUAUCGCAUCUAUCGCGGUGACAAUUCUUGUGGCGUCAGCGAAAUGGCAUCAUCGGCCAUUCUAGCAUAGGUUUGAUUGUGCGUUUGUGUGCGUUUUUUUCUGCAAUGUUUUAUAAACUCGAUUUACAAUUUUGUGUACCCCUUUUUUAUACGCUGCAUAUCUAAUGUACCACACUCGUUUUACAAUACUCUAGUUUCCAGACGAACAAAUAUAGCAAAGUACGAUUCAUUA